GUGCCAUGCUAAUCUGCUCAGAGUCUGUAUCGUUCCAAUUUUGCGGAUGCCCCGAAGGACAGGACUACGGAUAUGAUGGUGAGCAAUGAUGGAAACGCAGAGAUAGUGUGCAUCAGGAUGUAAUAAUGGUCACAGCCGUGCCUACCGGACAGGUAAUUGCCUGAGAACGAGGAACUGCGGAUCGUCAGCGCCAUUAUAG